GCGCCAGCAACAAAAACAAACCGAAACACAACAAACCCAACAACAACAGCCAACAAUGUGAAUUGCUUUUUUUUUCCUUAUUAAUUGUAAACGAAAACCGAAUCAAGUGCAGUAAAAAUUAAACACACGCAUAUAUAAUAUAUGGUCAAAAUAUUUAUAUAUCUAUGUGUAGCAAAAAGCCGCCAAAAACAAAUCACGUAAAAGAUGUAAGAUAGCGGAAAAAAAGGCGGAAAGAAAAGGAAGAGAAAGAGAAGAGAGCCAAACCAACAACCGUUCUUUUUCGCUCAGUGGAGGCAGGCAGGCAACAACAAACAAACAAACAAACAAUAACAAGAGCCGCCCAGCCAAGGUCAACUUUUGGUGUUUUUGGGGCCCAACAACACAAAAUGCACGCGUGUGUCUGCUGCUGUUCGACAAACAACAAUUGCAACAACAAGAACAACGACGGCAGCAGCAGCAGCAGCAGUAACCACAACAACAACGACAGCAGCAGCAGCAGCAGCAGCAGCAGCAUCAUCAGCAGCAGCAGCAACAACAACAAAUUGCAGCUAAGAAAGCGCAGGGCAGAAGUCGUCGUCGAAGAAGAGGAAGAGGUACUGGUCAAGUGGGCGCAGGAUAAGAACAAGCAUCAAGAGGAGCAGGAGGAGCACCAGGCGGUGGAGGAGUUGUCUGCUGGCCAACGCGCCAGUGGCGGCGACAACGACAACGAUCUCAACGGCGCCGCAACGAGAAGGCGGUGGUGGCUGCGCGAUCCUCCAGGAUCAGCGGAAGCGGCAGAAGGAGAAGGAAAAGGCGAAGGAGUGGGAGUGGCAGUGGAAGUGGGAGCAGCCGAAGCAGCCGAAGCAGCCGGAGCAGCGGGCACAGGACCGACGACGUGGUGGUGGCCAGCUCUAUCCGUUGACGUUGCGGUGACGAUAGCGCCGGCUACGUUGUUGCUGUCGUUGCAGCGGCAAUUAGCAAAGGAAUUAUCUAAAACAACAACUACAACUACAACAAGGACAACAACAACAACAACAAUAACAAAAAUAAUAACAAAAACAACAGAAGCAACAUCAUUAGCAAUAAAAAGCGAAGCAGAAGCGAUAAUAUCACUAUUAAAAGCCAGCAUCGCCACCAUCAUUGAUUUUCACCAGAUCCCAAAACACCAACAAUACCAAAACCAAAUCCCAAUCCUCGCCAGCCACGCCUUUUGAGUGC